AUGGCUGCCCCUCCUUCACGCGGCGAUUCGCCAAAUGAUGACCCUACGGCUGAUUCUUCCGACUCAACGCAGGAGCCAACCGAUGCAACGACGCCGGAGCUACCGUCAAGCCACAACGCCAGCUCCCCAGAUGAUAAAUGUGUGAUUUGCUUGGAACUAGUAGAGAACAAAGCAUCCCCAGAUGGCUGCCAUCACCACUUCUGCUUCUCCUGCCUUGUUGAGUGGUCCAAAGUCAAAGACUCAUGUCCCCUCUGUAUGCAGCGGUUCGGAAGCAUCAUCCACAACGUCCGCUCACAGGAAGACCACGACCGUUACUUCAUCAGAGAACAGCAAAGCUCCUCGAUAUUGUCGUUAAUUGGUUCUGCGCGAACACUUUCGAUACCCGUAGAAAUAAUUUCCCAGCUACAACUGGGACGUAUACUAAGACAAGAAUAUGAAGGGCAAUCACGCCUGCCCCAUGCAACCUUCCCCAACGCUCUUAGGGGACCCCACACGAGCGUUGAGAGGCUUCAUCAGUACAUUAGCGACCUGUGGGCUGUACCCAACAUCCCGAACUCUCGCCAUGUGUCCCCAGAGUUCUACUGCGCGAAUCCACGUCAAGUUGACCAUCUCGUCCACUGGCUCAACCGCGAUCUAAACGCACUGAUGGAUCACAACGAAACGCGUGUAUCGGAUGCUUCAAAUAAUGUGCUAUCUCUAAUCUUGAAUUUGGACAACAGGCAUCCAGACUUUUCCCGAAGGGUACAACCUUUGCUGAACGCGUACACGGAGCCCUUUGUUCAGGAGUUUUAUUCGUUUGCAAGUCCAGUGUUUGAAACCAUUAACGAAUACGAUCGUAGCACAAUUUACGCUGCGCGCCACUACGCAUUCGCAGCGGCAAACCCCGUCGAUUGUUUCAGACUGGUCUUGCGGGACUCUAGACGAGCGUCCGCUCCAAUAGCAUCUACUGCACCAGCUGCCGUAACGCACGACACGCCUCAGCCAGGCCCCAGCGUCCAUGCUGCUCCAACGGUGCCGGCGGUCACAUCAAGCACGGGCAACGGUAGCAACUCUCACAGCUCGAACUGCGUCGUGAUGACAGUGCGAAACCCGCUCAGGGACAGAACUCCCACGAUGACGAUAUCUUCGCAAGUGACAUCGUACGUCCGUGCGACCAGGGUGGCGGACCGAGUAACUCAAGUUGCACAAUCGGAUGAUUGCAGGCCUCUCGAUCAUCGUGCCACAAACGACCCGUCUUCGAGUGAUGAAAGUGCGGAGUAG